AUGAACAAUCUUUCUGACUUGACUAUUGUCGAGGAGUAUUCUGAAAAAGAUAAAGUAGACAUCCCACUACUAGAAGACUGGUUAGCUUACAACAUACCUUCCUCACCAGAUACCGCACACACUGAUAAUCCUUAUUACCAAUUCUGUCAGUGCUGCCAGCAAUCCAAUUGUAAACACUUUGAGACAACCUUAAGUACUAUUCACAAAUUAGAAGAAGAUGCUCGGUUAGCAGCAGUCAUAGGACAGGGCCUCUUACAGAGACAUGAGCAAUAUAUCUGUGAUGCCAACCAGUUGGAGACGAGGCUUGAACAGAAAGUCAGUUCAUUACGCACUAAAAUUGAAGAGUUGGAGGAUUCUUUACUAGCAUCGGAUACAGCCAAACAGCAUUACCUCGAUGAAAGAAAUAAAUGCAUGAGAAGACUGCAAAGAACUGAAAAAUUGAACGAAUGCGAUGCUCGCUGCAUACAACUUGAAAAAGAAUUAAAGUUGAAGAUGAAGGAGAUCGAAAGAUUGAGCGUGUUUAAAUUAUUAGCAAAACAAGCAGAUAUUCGAGAAGAAGCCAUAACUGCAAAACUAGAAGAUCUUAAACAAGAAUUAGCUUAUUCACGGAAGGCCGAACUUACAUUGGAGUCGAAGCAUAAAAAACUGAAAGCAAAGUUGGGUAAUGCCAUAUUGUGA